GACCCUGGCCGCUCAGUCUUCUCUCUGAUCAUCUCUGAUAAAACUAACCCUAAAGCUCGACAAGCGCCGUCUAGAUUUCACAAGGAACUAAAACUAGGACCUUAUGUUUCCUAUCUAAGUUGCUGGCCUCUGGGCAUUCGAUCGGAUCGCGAUACGGACAGGACGCGCGAAGCAUUUACUGUUCCUGUUGUCGUCGAAAAGUCAACGAUGACGUGCGGUUACAUUACAAUAACAGUGAUGAAAUAGCGAAUGCAGAACGGAACGCGAUAGGACUGCUUCUCGAGGAUGCUAAUACCGGAGCGAUGCGAUGAUUAAGCCCGUUAAUAUGGAGUAGGCACUUUUCACAUAACGAGGUAUUCGUGAUACGAACGUUUUGAAAACACCCAUCAGUGUGUCCGGUCUCUUCGUUGUUAGAGAUUGACUCCCAGUUUUAAAUAUAUAUUAGGAGGAAAAAGAUGGAAGAAAAACACUGUAGUAGAAGUCUGAUAGAGGAAGGAGAGUCAGAAGAGUCUGAAAAUAUAAUCAUUAACGAAGUGGACGGUUUACCAAAUCUGCAUCCAAAUUUUGAACAAUUAGAACUUGAAUUGGAAAGGGAGAAACAUGAUACAAAUAUCAAAUCAAUUGAUGAACUGGUUCAUGAUGAGGAUUUGCCAACUUCUGUAAUUGUGACCAAUGUGGAUCCUCGAGUUUUUAAGGACGACUCCUUAAAGCCAGCCAUAGAAAAACUGUUCAAACAAUUUGGAGAAGAUGCAACGUUUCAAUACUUUAGAUCCUUUAGAAGAAUGAGGGUAAACUACAGUUCUCCUAGUGCGGCGGCAAAUGCAAGAGUACAAUUGCAUCAAACACAUUUUGGCGAAACAGAUAUCAAUUGUUAUUUUGCACAACCGGUAACUCCAAUAGAUAUGGAAGAUCAACAUCUUCAACCGCCAGCUCUUACCAAACAGUUCCUCAUAUCCCCUCCUGCUUCUCCGCCAAUUGGUUGGGAGCCACAUGAGGAAGGGGAGCCGCUCGUUAAUCACGACCUAUUAGCCGCUAUAGCCAAUUUAUCCACAGGUGGAUCUCACGAAUUGCAUCCAGGUGGAUCGGGACAGCCAGGCAUAGUCGUGCACGUUUGCGAGACUGCAAAUCCAACGAAAAACGCACCUCGCAUUCAACACACGCGAUGUCCAGAACAUUAAUUGCGAUGAGUUCAUAUGCUCCGUAAAGAGAAAUUAGAUUUGCGUUGGAGAGAACAUCUAGAGAGAAACUUUAAAUUAGUAUUAUUACAUAUACAUAUAUAUAUAUAUAUAUAUAAAAGCUGUAUUUUUCUCACAUAAGAGAAUUACGCAGCUGAUACUUGUUUAAUAAAAAAGAUUAUGUAAAAAGAUAAUGGCUCGCAGAGACAACGAUAAGGUCUGAUUUAAAUAUUUUUGACGCUUCCCGCGGUUUAGCAGUGGUCUAUACACAUGCAAAUAUCAAUGAUCUAUAAAUAUAUCUGUUGUUACAUACUGAUAAAAUAUUAUAUAGCAUUCAAUUUGUGUUUGUUUGUUGGAGCAUGCGAUCUUUAAUAUUUAUAAUGCAAUACUCUCGGGGGUAAGUUCAAGAAAUUUCGACAAUUUGGCCUAUGUCGUUUCUAUGUGUUAUGCAUUAAUAAGUGUCUCAUUAACUGUAUAUUAUAAAACGAAAAAUGUCCAAUGUGUCCAAACUAACAUUCACUGUGUGUCAAAAAAAAAAAAAAAAAAA